AUGGCCUUUCCGACGGGCAUGAUAGUUUACGACCUUUCCAUAUCUGUUCCUCCAAUUUCCCACCUAGACCUAUAUCCAUUCGAAAUAUUCCGAGAACCCCUUGUUAUAAUAGCUAUUGCGGACGGAACGGAGUUACCUGGCCCGCCCGAAGGGACGGGAAUAUACUCACAAACUCAGUCGAAUGGAACCAAGCCGUGUAAUUAUCCCACCGUAGAGGGGCUCCAGCUAUUCCAACAAGAGCUAAAUACACUCAAGGACAGCUAUCCUAAAUCACUAGUUCAACAGCUACUAGUAUUCGACUAUGCUACCGUGUCGAAGCUUGUUACAGGUCCUGACACGGUGAUAUGGGUUCCCCGCCCUGAAGCCGCUCGAUCAACAACGGUGAAGACAGUGAUGUGUGAUAUCACUUCGCGACUACUCGGGGAACUAUCCGGACUUGCGGAAAGGAUUCAAGAAUGGCCAACAGUUGAAUCCCCAAAGGCCUCAUCUUGGGGUCCACGACGAACGCCCGAAGUCCGUCCACUAGUGUCUGAGAAGUUACAACAUAGAAUGACUAUGCCUGCGCAAUUGCCAGGGGCUAACGGAACUUUCAUCGAUGCCUCUGAUGCCAAUUUCCAGCCGGCGGAGCAUGAUUCCCCAACAACUUUUGAUGAAAUCACCCGAUCCAUUCAAGUUUCCAACCGUGUGACAUCCUCCAUUAAAGCGUCUUCGAAACCAGGUUCAAAGGAACAUAGCCGUGAACGAAUGUCAGCACAAGGACUUGGGUUUGUAGCUGCAAGUGAGAGAAGCAAAAGUCGAGUUAAAGGCCGUUUGAACAUAGUCAUGGGCACCUUGUUUCUUCAAGCUGGUCGGUGGCCCGAUUCACUCAAGGAACUGGCUGAGGGCGCGACAAUAGCGCGGGCAAACAGCGAUUAUAUUUGGCAUGCAAAAGCUCUGGAGUCAAUUCUACAAUGUCUACUAAUGUUAGGGUGGGCUGGGAUGGACUUUAGGAUUCCACAAAUUUGCUAUCCAACAGCAGAUAAAUUUUCAAAAUCUGUUUCCCAAACACCAUCUCUGAGCCACACUGAACUGUAUAGUAUUGGGCAAUCGAAUCCCGAAAACCGCAGAGUUUCACUUCAGAACCUAGCAAAUCUCCUUCCCGAUCUCGCAAACAAUAUUCUGAAUCUUUACACUCGAGCAGCAAAUAUUACAGAUGAGCCAGUCCCACAACUUGUAUUUUCAGAAACCGUGAUUCGACUUGCACGUAUUCUCGCCACUGUUUAUAUUCGCGAUGGUUCUCUUGAUGAUAGCGCACUGGGAAAUAUCGUCAUGAAUGACUCGUUGAAGUUUGUCCGUUCCCAAGAACGCCCUCGAGGUACCGUGUCACUCCGCAAGUCAGAUAUAGCUAGCUUCUUGUUCCGUGCUUUACCGGCUUCGCUAGGUACCGAUGUUCCAAUUACUGAUUCCACUCCGAUUUUGGUUGGUAUGGCGUCCGUACUCUCCUCACUUGGUUUAGAUCGGAAAAAUGCGUAUGUGUUGCAACUUUUAUUUUCUAUCUUAAUUCCAGGGUUGAUCCAGGCACGGAAAAUUGGCGCUGCUGAAGUUGGAAUCCAUCCCGCUGCGGGCUUAUCCGCUCUCAACUAUUCAGCUUUUGAAAUGAAUGCCUUGGAUGCUGGCCCGGGAAAUAUGGAAGACAGCAUCAGGAUUUUGCUGGCUUUGGUGGGUAAGAUCUACGGCGUCCCGGGAAUAAUGAUUUGCACCGACAAUCGACGAGAUCUUUCCAGGCAUAUCUCAACUGCGAAAAGUGAAACUGUACCUGAAUAUGACUCCGUUGAUUCAAUAGUUGACAGAGCAUUUCGUCAUUCGGUAAUGAAUGGGUUUGGGGACCACACAUUGAAAGUCGAAAUUCUUAAGGCCUGCAUUAAUCUUUGCGAAGCACUGCCUGACUUCCAAGGUGUCCUGCAAUUUACAGUUGACCUUCUUCAAACAGUCAAAGGCACUCUCAUGCUUCUUCCAGACAGCUAUCUCGGACUACCUGUCAUACCCUUACAGGAGCAGGUACACUUGUUUAACAACGUGAAACGAACCGUUGCGGCUGCAAAGAAGCUUGGCGAUUCUAAUCUAGAGGCUGAAUAUUGGGAUGACUUCAUGGUGCGAGGUGUGGAACUUGUCAAUUCCUCUGACUUCAAAUCGCCCGUCAGACGGUCAAGAACGGACUUCGGGUUUGCCACUGUCGAGGAGCGCCUGGAGAAAAAGAAUCCGUUUAUAUACAGCACUUUCUCCAAGGCUACCACAAAACGCUCGGAAGAUCUCUUGAUUGCUGAGGAACCUGCUACCUUCAAGGUCACUCUUCAAAACCCUUUCGAGUUCGAUGUGGAAAUCGAGAGUUUGCGGAUAGAUGGGACUGGCGUUCCAUUCGAAGCAGCAGCCACCCAUGGACUAUGGCUUGCACCAUUCACUACUCAGGAAUAUUACAUCUCUGGCGUUGCAGCAACCGAAGGUACUCUGGAAAUAAGGGGAUGUACAGUCAAGGUCAAAUUUUGCCGUGAAAGAAUAUUUCCUAUCUUCAAAAACUUCUGGAAGCCGCAGAAGGAACAGAAAAUAAAACGAACAGGACUGGCCGCAAAGGAACCUUUCUCAGAACGUCCCUUGUCUUGGAGCUCAAAUGCAUCACGUAGUAGAUUAGGGGCAAGCAGGCAAGGUCCAGAACCGGAUAUCGUGCUUAUUAAAGUUAUCCAAAAGCAGCCAACAGUCAUCAUCUACUCAACAUCGCUCUCGCAAUCGGCUAUCAUGUUGCUGGAAGGAGAAACACGAUCAUUCGAUAUUACGCUUCAGAACAUUUCGACCUGCCCGUUGGAUUUCAUUUCAUUUAGCUUUGAGGACUCUUCAACACCCCAACUCCAAUCAGCUCUUAACAAUAAAGAAAACCUGCCCACCGAUAUAUACGAAUUAGAGUUACGGCUCUCUACAAACCCAGCCAUGACAUGGCGGCGUGACAAGCUCCACGAUUAUGAGCUCUCGAUCGCUCCGGGAGAAACUGCAACUUUCACGAUUGACAUAUAUGGAAAGCCAGGCCUUGAUAACGCCAUACUCAAGAUUGACUAUGCGAACGUUUGUACCUCGUUAGCAGAUCUCCCGGAAACAUUUUACUGCAGACAGAUUUCCUUACCAUUAACUGUCACCGUUAAUGCAGGCGUUGACGUCACAAGAUGCGAUGUGCUACCAUUUACCAGUGAUUUUGCAUGGGAUAAUAAUAAGCUGCAGCAAAGCGAAGAUCCACGCACAUCACUUGGCGACAAGGAGGCCAUUAAAUCAAUGGAGUCCUCGUCAACACCACGAUCCAUCACCCAAUUUCGAGAAGCACAAUUUUCACAGACAUUCUCCCGCAUUGGGCUCAGUUCCUUCGGAUUCGGCCAUUGCUUGUUACUUCUUGAUUUGCGCAACGCCUGGCCCAAUCCUCUAACAGUCUCGCUAUUUGUAAACGAAAAUAUUUCGGACGGUGCGAAAAGUCCUGAUGACAAACUGAAACACAAUCCUGUUGGCAUCCACGAGAUCUUCGACGAACUUCAGCCAGGCCAUAUCUCCCGGUUUCUACUGGUCGUUCCCCGUGUCUACCUAGAGAACGCGCAAAAACCCAUCCCAUCAUUAAACGUCAGCAACAAGCGUCAAUUUGUAAUCAGUGCAAAUAAACUCGAUUACGAGGCAGAGUCUUCCGCGAGGGAAUGCUUUUGGUUUCGAGAGGAACUUCUCAAGCACCUGCGCGGGUCGUGGAAAGACGUGGCGACUGGUCGUGGGGGGGUCAUUGACCUGCGAGCCAUCCGACUGAACGCACGGAUGGUUGACGCUCUCCGAAUUGAUGAUGCUGACGUCACUUUUUCUUUGCGACCGUACACAGGAGACAGCAGUAACGAUAAGACAAUCGAAAACGGCAUCGAUAGCGUCUCCCAAACCGGCCACUCCAAAUUCACUGUGAAAACAAACACCUUCCUCACACUCUCGGCCACAAUUAUAAACCGUUCGUCCAAACCAAUUCACCCGCUCCUCCGCCUCCAGCCUAGCCUGCGACAUACCCCACAUGCCAUCGCUCUCGAUCUCUCCAAACGGCUCGCGUGGUCUGGGAUGCUACAGCGCGCCCUGCCCAUUCUCGAACCUCACCAAACCACAGAGGUAACUCUGGGUGUUACGGCUUUGUGUCAUGGAGAGUAUGAAAUCGGUGCAAGCGUUGAGGAAAUCCGACGCUUGAAUCCCUCUCCACCAGAGGUCGCUCUGGGCCAAGGAGCUACGGAAGAGUUGAAGGAUUCCGCUGCCACUGCGCCAGAUCCAUAUUUCGAUAAUUUCUUUAUUGCAAAUACCCCGAAGCGCAGACGAAUAUGGCAUUCGCGGGUGCCAUGUGUGAUAUCCGCUCGCGAUUGA